GGCGGAGAGUGACGGCGGCGAGGUGGACCGGCGAGGCGGCGGCGGACUACCGAGGCGGUGGGGACCGGUUGUGGGUGUGUGAGUUGAGAGAGUUUUGCAACCUUGUGUGUGUUACUCUUCUCAAAACAAGACCCAUAUUUAUAGGCCAUGGACAACUUGUAUGCUUGCCAAGUGUAAGACAUGCAAAAUUGCAUGUGUUUUGAUUGGCCACAAGUUAGGUGGAUGACAAGUGGUGAAAAGAUUCCUUGCAUGUAAUUCCAUUGGCUGAAAUCUAGGUGCUUGCCAAAUGGCGAUACAAGAGAAUUCUUGUCCCACCCGAUUUACGAACCCGUCUCUCAGUUCAAUACACGCGUAUCGUUCGUAGUUACCAGUUAAAUCAGUUAAGUGGAUUUUAGUUCGUUGACCACGGUGUAACUCUUACGGGUCAAGACCCGGUCGGCAGCGUUGACUUAUCGAACCGGACAUAAAUAUCCAACAGUUGCAAGACAAGUUGUUCUCCAAGGUCCCAUUAAUUUCAUCUAUUCAUUUCAAGACUAUUCUAGAUAUUAAUGUCGUAUUCAAGUUUAUGUUUAUAUGCAUUAAUCAAAAUUUACCAACACUUCACCCGUCACAACAACACAUUCCAAAUCCUUCACAUCUCGAUCUCCAUCUCCAUCCUCAAAUCUCAACAAAUCUGAACCGUCAAUUGAAAAUAUCGGAUCUGAUACAUCAUCAUCAGCAUCUCCGAUGCCGGAAUUUCCGUGAUUCCGAUCCGAUUCAGUGGCUGUGGAGGGGCAAGGAAGGAGGCGACGCCAAGGGGGGGGAUAUUCCACGGUCCUCCCAACCGCCGAGGUGAUCCCACCUCGCAGACCGCCACCCAGCAAGCCUGAGUCUGGGGGUAAAUCCGCUACCGUAGGGGCAUUGGGAACGAGCAAGACUCGAACCCGCCACCUCCGGGUUAGAAUGCGGGCUGGUGGCCAUUGGGCUGACACCUUGAGGCAUUGGGAACGAGCAAGACUCGAACCCGCCACCUCGCUACCGUAGGCGACGCCAAGGGAGGACCCAAUGCUUUAGCAGCCAUAGCACGGGCUACAACUCAAGUGCGUAUUAAUAGUGUAUUUUUUUUAAUUUUUUUUCCGGUUUUAUACCAAAGAUACCCCUAAAAUAAUACAAGGAUACCCCUAACAAAUCCAAACUUGUAGAAUAAGGGAGCCCGAUUGAAACAGUGGCCCAAUUGCCCAAAUUAUUAAUAAUAUGAUUGAAAUUGUGGCCCAAAUAGUUAGGUAUUUGUUUUACAUGAUUUAUUUAUCGUCGUUUUUUUAUAUUGUAUAAUUGCACGGUAAAAAAAAAUUGGGAUACCCCUUAUUUAAUGGGCUAGUUCCCCCACUGGGCGACGCCCUAGAUUUGGCGGGAGAGGGAUUUGGUAAACUCAAAAAGGUCUUCUUGAACUCCUGAUGUUAGGGUUUCAGAGUUUCAUUGUUGAUUGUUUUGUCUUCUCCUGAUUGUUUUAGACAAAAAAAAAUUAUGGUUCAAGUUCUGCAUUUCUUCCUCUUAUAGAAAUACCAAUAAUACAUUUGUCUUAAAUAAACCUAACUGAGUAAUUUAACUCAGUUUGGUGUAAAGGACUUAAAGUGAUAUAAAACAUGUGUUUUUAGACAUAAAAUGAAAUUAAAACUUUUAAAAGACAUGUUUUAAAAUUCAGAUAAUACAUAAAAGACAAAAAGUGAAAUUUACUCUAAAGUUAACUGUUUGUAAACAAAGCUCUUAAAAAUCAUCCAUCAAGACGAUUUAAAUGAAUGAAAAUUCCGAUUUUGAAGAAACACGGAACUAAUUAUGAGGCUAAUCAGUUGGGUUUAUGUUUCUACCAUGAUGGUUAAUAUUCGAAUGCUUCUCUGAGCUUCGUCUUGAAUGCCUAAUCCUGCAAAACAGAACAUCGUUACUCGUUAAGAGGGGAAUAUGGGGGUUUCCCUCUUAACCGGGCUCCGGCGUGAGAAUAAGCGACUGCUUUGGGGAGGAUAAUUAAGUAUUAAGAGUGAGAGUAGAGGGAAUGGAAUGUUUGACCUGUGAAUUGAGUUCUCUAUUUAUAGCCGGAGAGGUGUAAGAGGAUAUGGGUUGAUGGGCAUUGGGCCGAAAGGCGACAACAUAGUGGAUAUGCUCUUUGUCUCACUGGUAUCGACCGUUAGUGGCUUCUAGAAGUUUUCCGGCGCUGGCGCGCCUUGAAUGGAGCCACGUAUCACUGUUGUCGGCCUUGCUGUCCUUCUGCCAUCAGCAGACAAGUGGAGAUCGUGGGACAGAUGUCUCUGUCCUCUGAUUGGUGCCACAUAGGCGUCCUUAUGUACUUUUUGUCCUUUGCACCUCAGACGAUCGUGGCGCACGAUUGAACAAAGCCUGCAGGAUGCUCAUUGGCUCCUUUUUCCUACCACUUGUACCUUUUGUACCUUCCUACUCUGGUCUCGCGCCGCAACCUUUAUGUGAUUGAUGUUGGGCAUGAAAUCAGGUUGCGCGGUUUUACAGGUAGUGAAGGUUCUUAUCAGAUUGCUAAGUGUCGAAAUUGCAGUUCUCUUCUGGAUUGGGCCUCGCGCCUCUUCAUGGGAAGUGGUGGGACUCGCGCGAGGUUGCCAGUAAGAGAAUUGCUGAAUAAGGAGUAUGGCCUCGCGCGCGGCCUUGAAGAAGGUUUGCGCGGCUUUUUUGGGGCCAUGCCCCUUCAAGUCCCCCCAGUCCAGUGUUGCACCAUGCGCAAGGCAAGUGGUUGGAGCUCUGGACUUAGAAAAAGAAAAUUGCAAAGGCUGCUCAUUUUUUGUUUGUAGGCGCGCGCGUAUAGGUGUUGUUAACUGAUGUUUUGUCUUUUAGAGAUGAUAGCGCGCGGAUAUCCUGGGUACCAGGUAUAUUGUGCGCCCCUUGGUAACUUCUUUGUUAAGCGUUUAGGAAUUUGGGCGGGAAAUUCCUCGAAAUUUGAAUUCUGACGGUUUGGUGAGAUUGUCUCUAACUGUGACGUUUGAGUUGACUCCUGGCACGGAUGUCAUCAUGCUAGCUCUGACGGUUCCACUUUCCGUCAGGAGAGUGAGGCCCACGCGCGCGUGGUAACCGUCACCCCGGGUUUUACGCAUUACGUGGCGUCCUCUCGUUGGCCACGUGAACGGCAGAUGCGGCACGUUUACCCAUCGCAUUAAAUGCGAUGGGUAUAUAUAUUCGACGAGGUAAGAAGGGCUUACUCGUCUUAUAUUCUUUCUACCCUUUUCUCUAUAAUCAUCUUCAUCAAAUCUUCAAACUUUUAUCGCAGUUCUUCAAGUUCUCCUUCAUAUCUUCAAGUUUGGUCUUGAAUAUUCAAAGUUUAUCCAAGAACGCCGAUGGCUGAAGAACAUAUUGAAGAUAAUCCCGGAGAGGAGGGACCUGUCCCGGUUCUCCGGUGGGAUUUAGGAUUGUUUGAGCAGAUCGUACGGAGCUUCCGGUUUCCACCGGAAUGGGAUGCUAGAUACCCUGGGCAGAAUCAAACGGCCGCCGAUGCGCCGCCGGGCUAUAUUACUUUAUUUGAAGAUUUCUUCCUCCAGGGGAAUUUCCGGCUGCCGGCGACAUACUUUAUGGCUCAUAUUCUGCAUUUUUAUGGGUUUCACAUUUCUCAGAUGAGCCCUCCUGGGAUGGUUAGGGUUCAACACUUCGACUUCCUGUGUCGAGCCCAUGGUAUUGAACCUACUGUGGAGAAGUUUCGUGCAUUUUAUCAGCUCAUCAGGAAUAUGGGCUUCUUCUCUUUUGCUAGUCGUGGCGCUGCGAGGAAGAUAUUGCUAAACCCUCCUAAAAGUUUCCAUGACUGGAAACCCAAAUUUUUCUUCAUUCGUGAGGAGGUGCUCCCGAUCGCUAUGCCCUUCCAGGACUGGUCUGAACCAAUACUGAAAGAAGAUCUUCCCAUUCCCAAGCAUGAAAGGCGGUAUCAACAGCUUACUCCAACCCCUAACCGAGUAUUUGGGGAGAAUGUCCUCGUUGCUGCACGCAUGAGUGACCGAUGGUUGCCCGACAGCGAGGAAGUUCCCAUCUUGAUGAUUGACGAUCGAGGUUAAUAAUUUCCUUGAUUUCUUUGAUUUCUUGCUUUAUAACUUUGUUUAUUUAUACGAUUUGACGUGUAGAGGCGCACUUGUAUCAAGCCGCUUUCUCUACCUUUAGUGGGUCUAUGGGCGUGCGCCCGCUCCAGGAUGGGGAGGAGUACUGGUAUGAGCAAAUAAAGGGAAAUUUAAUGUACCCAGCUGAUGAUGCGUUCGCCGAACUGCCUACUGCAACUGAAGGUGCGCAUAUACCUAACCCUCGACCCUUGCGCUCCGUGACUUCUGCUGGGGAAGAGAUUGUCUAUCUUUCCAGCGAGGAGUCUGUGGGAUCAUCGAAUGGAGAGCUAAGCCCGUGGUCUCAAAUCUUUGCAAGUGUGUUGCGCGACUUGGGGAUAGACCCUGAAGACAAGAAGAAAAAGCCUAUGAAAACGAAGAAGGUUAUCACCUUGGAUCCAGAGGUGACCAGCAAGGGAGCCGGUGGUAGUCGCGCAACCGAUGUUGCUGCCGACAAAGGUACUCUCUGCCUUCGUCAAAGUAACCUGGAAGAUUACGUUAUUAUCAGUGAUUCAUUUGAAGGUUUAUCGCGUAUAGGCGAGAAGAAAAUUGGAGUGGGAGGCUCCAAGAGCUCAGGGAGCGCGGGUUCUCGCAACCCGGAUGCUGGGACCACCCCGUCCUCUACUGCGCAGGAAGGGGGUGAUGAAGAAGAAGUGCAGGAAGAGCCUGCAGUGAAGCUGAUAAGGAAAAGGAGCUGGGAGGCUGCGCUUGGGGCCACUCUGUUAUCGAAACCGGGCUGUGCUCCUUUGAUUGGAAAGAAAAGCAACUUGCGCUCACUUUACAAAUUCUCUCCUGGUUAGUAUUUUGUUUCCUUGUACUUGUAUUCUCCUUUCUAAUAUUCUAUCUUUGCAGAGGCUGAAAAGAAGAAAACUGAUAAGGGCAUCACGAUCACAGAGCCCUUGGAGCCGGCGCAGAAAAGGCCCAAGGCUACUAAGGUCACUAUUAAACCGUUCACUGCUUCAAAAUCUGCUGAUAAGGAGAAAUAGAAGGGUCCUGAGAAACCUGUUCAGGAAAAAGAGGUUGAAAGAGAGAGAGUUGCUGACAAGCCUCCUACUGGGCCUAAGGAGCCCGAGAUUACUGCCCCCAUUUCUACUGAUAUGACGCAAGGUUCGGGGCCAACUCCUGUUAUUGGGCUUGACCAGCCCAUCGCUGAGAAGGGGAAAAACUUGGAGGUGGAGAAACCUGUUGAGCUCUCGCCGACCGAGUUUCCUGUUCAAACCGGUCCGGCGACUAAGGAACAGACUAUUUCUGCUGCUGGUGGUAGCGCUGGCUUUGCUGCUGGCCAAGCUGGUUCGGGAAAACAGGGUGGGAUGCUUCACUCUCCUAUCGGUCCAAUGGACACUUUAGGAGAUGUUUACUACAAGUCCUAUACUGAGGAAAGUCGAGGGGAAGCGCUACAUCAACCGCCAUGGGGCCUGAAACAGAAGGAUACUUUCUUGGAGUUUGCUCCCUGCCGUGAUUGGCUUCUUAACUCCAUUCCUCCUGGUGAGGUGAACCGUCAAAGGGAGCGAACUCACAGCGCGCUCUAUCAUGCGUAUGUGGUUGGUGAAGCCAACACUCGCGCUGCUAACCAUCAGAUUGUUCGCGAGUGGCGGACUAUGGUUAGGGAAAGGGAAGAGUGGGAGAAGUAUCGUGAGCGGUUGCUGAAGCAAGUGAAAAGCUUUGAAAAGGCGAAGGCCGCCUUUGACGAGGAGAAGGCGAAAUUUGAAACGGAUAAGAAAGCUGAGGAGUGGGGUUGUGAAGGCCUUAAAGGCAAACUCCGUACCGCUGAAGAACUCCUCUCAAAGGAACGUGCCGAUUGGAAGGCUAUUUGCGCAAAGGAUAACGAGCGCAUGUAUGCGGCUCGCUUCAAGAUCACUGAACUUGAAGGUCAAGUUGCAGAACUGAAGAAGAAGGUGGAGAAUGCGCAAGCUGUGAAGGAACAGGCUGAGGCCGAGCUUAAGGCACAAAUUUCUGGCAAGGAUAGAGAUCUAUCUGCCAAGGACGUUGAAAUCGCUGAAUUGAAGCGUUGUCUGCACGAGCAGAUCGAGAGGAGCGAGUCCUUUGAGAUUGAUCUGGAAGCCGAGAAGUCAAAAGAUGCCACUGCCGAGGAAGCCAAGCAAAAAGCCGAGGAGGUGCGCGCCAUUAGUACCACUGCUCUCAAUGUGGCGCAGAAUAAUUAUUCUGAGGCCCAAGGCAUCGUGGAUACUUUGGUCGCUGAAGCUGAGUGGCUGCGCGCCCGAGGAAUAGCUCUGAUGGCCAACUCCGUCUUGAAUGCUGGGGAGCUAGAUAAAGUUGUUGCUACUUUGAUAGAUGCUUCGCGCGCAGUUGGUCAUCGGGGUGGUUACUUGGAGUGUGCGCAACAUGCUUCAGAGAUGUUUGGUCAAGAAUUUGACACUAACCACUGCUCGGUGACUGAUCAAGCUGAGGCUGAGCUGACUCGUGCUGAACAUGGUUAUGAUAACUUGUCUCUACCGGUGAUGGACUUGGUUAUUGAAGCGCUGAAGCAUGACGACUGGUGUCAUCGGUUAAAGACUAUCCUUGAUCCACCACAGAUGGUUGAAGUAUCUGAUGAGGAGGAGUUGGCAGGCGACGAUGGAGAAGGUGAUGAUGACGGCGGAGAUGGUGAUCGACCUGAGUAGGAAUUGAAGGCUUUGUGUCUUGUUUUGUUUAGUUUUUGAAAUGUACAAUGUUGCGCGGUCGCGCUUCACCUAGAUCGAAUAGAUGUUAGGUUUAUGUAACCAUUGCGCGUUGCGCGUGCUUGAAUAUGAAGUUUAUGUUUACAUUUAUUCUAUCUUGUUACAAUUAUUGCACUGUUGUUUGAAA